AUGUAUCUUUCUUUCCCUGUUUUUCCCCCUCUGUCUGUCUUUCUUUCUGUCUGUCAGUCCGUCUGUCUCUCCCUCUGUCUGUCUGUCUGUCUUUCCUUCCCACUGUUUAUCUAUCUGUGUCUUCCUCUGUUUGUCUUUCUCUCUGUCUGUCUUUCCUUCCCUCUUUCCCUCUCCGUCUUUCUGUCUUUCCCUUUGUUUUUCAUUGUCCAUCUUUCCCUUUCUGUCCAUCGACUUUUUCCCUCUGUCCAUCUCUCUUUCCUUUUGUCUUUCUCUCUUACUAUUUUUCAUUGCCUUUUCCGCUGUCAGUCCGUUGUCUUUUCCCUCUGUCUUUUUGCUCUGUUUGUCUUUCGCUCUGCUUGUCUGUCCGUCAAUCCGUCUUUCCCCCUGUUUAUCUGUUUAUCUAUCCGUUUGUCUUCUCCACCCCUUUGUCUAGCCGUUUGUCUUUCCCUCUCCUCCUCUUUCACUCUCUGUCUCUUUAUUUUGGUAUCUGAAUAUCAUUGUGUUUCUGUCAUUCUCUAA